AUGGCACUCCCGACUUGUGGGACAGUGCUGGCCGGCCCUCGUCCUGCCACAGCCAGCACCCAUAAGGUACCCACCCUCCUGUCCCAAGCGAACACACCCAGCUCCCUCCGCACCCGUGGCUGGAAGCCAGCGGCCACGCGGAGCGGGGUGACCGUGACCCCGCGGAAGCCACCGCAGCUCCGAAGCAAAGGGGAUCGAGGUCCCGCAGCUCCUCGGAGGGGCGGGGGGAGGCGGCUCCCGAGCCCCGCAGAGAACAAAGUUAGCAGCGCGCCAGCGCUCACGCCCGGUGCCAUCUGCUCGGGCAGAGCCGGGCUCCGGGGCUGCCGGGGGAGCCGCCCGCCCCGGGGGUCCUGCCACGCCGCUGCCACCCGCCGCCGGCUUCGUCCCGGCACCACGAGCUCUCCCGUAGCCCUUUCCCCGUCGUUCCCACGCGAGCAUCGCCAGCUCCACCGCGAGAGGGGGGUCACCGCUGGCUCCGCCGCACCGGCAGCCCCUUCGGAAGGGCGACCCGGACCCCCAAACCCCACCCCCAGACCCGACCCGAACCCGACCCUGGGUGUCCGGGACGGCGACGCACGGCGGGGAGAGCGGCACAUCCCGGACCGCACCGACGGAGCGCCCCACCGUGCAGCACCCCGGGGAGGCACCGCGGCCACCGGCACCUGGGAGCGCACCCCAGCCCGCGCCCCCCGCCGAGGAGCCCUGCCGGUGCCGGUGCGGAGCUGUGGCUUUAAGAGCGACCGCUCCGGGGCCAUGUGCUCGGCGCCAAACAAAAGCAAUAACAAAGGCGGCCGCCGGACCCCGCCGCCGCCGCCCGGGGCAGGUGCUGUCGGGGGUCCGGGGGGCGGCCCCCGCCCCCGCCCCGCUCCCGCCCCCCCCCGGUCUGCACGUACCUGCACCGAUGGCCUGGGCCGCCGCUCCGGUGCCGCUGCGGCGCCCCCGCCCCCUCCCUCCCGCCGCUCUUUGUUCGCCGACGCCGGGCCCGGGCCUGCCCCCCCCGCCGGCCCGCCGCCGGCCCUCCCCUCCCUCCCUCCCGCCCGCCUCCCGCCGGGCCGGCCCCCUCCCCGCCGCCGCUGUUUCCGGUGCCUCUUUGUUUUCCGCGGCGCGGGGCGGCCGCGGCGGGCCGGGGUGCGUGCGGGGUGCCUGUCCCUUUAA